CGUUUGCGUUCGUGGAAGGACGUACUUCUUUGGACUCGUCGCGCGUCGGUUACGGUUUUCGUUAGCAUAACAGACCACCGGGCAUAACAGUGUGUAGUGUGAGACGGUGUCAGGGGCCGCAGUAGUGGUUCUUAGUUUUCGUGUUAUUCCACACAUAUAGAAGAGAAGAGGUUCAUAGCACUUUGGUGAGAGGGUUAUGUGCUUGUGCGGCCUGACGUCGGCGAGAAAGUUAACAUACGUUCGCGGGGCAGGAAGAAUAAGAAAAUUUCUCAACAUCGAAAAAAAAACGAGCGAAGAAAGGAAGUCGUUUAGGCGAGUGAAAGAUUGUGGCUUUUAUUUCUCGUUCCGUUUCUAGUGCUUUGCGUAAGUGAGCAGUGUGUGCGGGGUGCAGUGUGAAAUUUUCGUUGCAAUUUACUGCCGAGGAGUGCAAAUGCAGUUUGUGCAGUGCCAGGGUGUGUGCGUUCGGGCCACCAGAUAAGAUCAUGAUUCUGGGCAAGGCGACCGUUCCGUCGGCGCCGAUGAAAACAAAGAAAUGUUCUACUACUGCAGUCACUACCACCACUACCAAUAAUACGCGUAUUACUACUAGCAUCAUCAAUCUACAGCAUAACAAUCAGCAUCAGCGAAAUCAGUGGAGCAAUAAUAACAUUGGGUACGAUGAUAGCGAAUGCAACGUUGUCGGAAGUGCUGUUGUCAUUGCUGAUAGUGUAGAAGACCAUCGCCAUCCGAGGUCAGCAAUGCACGAGCAAUGGUGGCCCCUCGGGUUUGCUGAGGUCAGCACCAGAGUGCACCACUGCCAGCGUGACCCUGGAAUAUGGAAUGAUAGUUUGUCCGCCGAAGCAGCAGCGCCAGAAAGACGACGACAACGGCUCUGGAUGCCGGGGCACCAUAGGCCACGCAGCCGACGAUGGCGACCGAAUGGUGGCUUCGUUUGGGGCACCGGGGCUACUCCUCUGUUCCAUGUGUUAGUGUUUAUCGUAGUAUUUAUUGAUCUAUUUAAUUCGAGUGCAUCCUCAUCGAUUCAUGCAAGCGGCAUUCACCGGAAUUCGGAACUAACAGCAGAAGCAGCGGAUGCGCAACCGGAGAUUUAUGGAAGAGAUGACAGUCGACUUCAUCCAUCCAGAGAAUUUUCCCGAUACAGUAGAAUCCAGCCGCGGCUCGUCCACGGCCGCCAAAAACGUUCACUAGCGAGCACCCGUGAAGAGAAUGGUCUUCACGCGUCGCACCUAACGCUAACCUAUAGGUUAAGCCAAACAGAUGUGAUAUUAGAUUUACAGUUAAACGAACAGCUUGUCCCACGGGGACACUUCCUCAGCUAUCAGCUGCCCAACGGAACGGGGAAGGUGGUGGAGCGGUACAGUAGCACCGACCAGGUGGAGUUGUGUCACUAUCGGGGGAAAAUCCGAGGCGUGCCGGAGUCAAGCGUGGCGAUUUCAACCUGCCGAGGUAUCCGCGGGGUCAUCUAUGAUGGUAGCGAGACGUACUACAUCGAAAGUGACAUUCGCUCGGAUGAAUCGGAGAGGGUAGAUCUGGCGAAUCAUUACAUUUAUCGACAUUCAGACCUACUUAAUCAGCCAAAAUGCGGCUACGAGGGAGGCGUAAAUUCGACCCACGACCCGGAUUUGCACCACGAGUCUGAAUUUCAGCGUCUCUCGAGGCAUAAACGCGCCGCUGCCAAAUCGUCCGCACCCAUCCGGGGUCCGUACAACGCCAACAAACACUCCAGCUACGUCGAGCUGGUGAUCGUGAUCGACAACAAGAUGUUCAAAAGUAUGAAGGAGAACUUCAAAGUGGUCCAGCAGUAUUGCAAGGACAUCACGAACAUCAUCAACGCACUGUACGAGCCGCUCAACAUCUUCAUCGGGCUGGUGGGGGUGGUGAUCUGGAACGAGGCGAACGAGAUCGAACUGUCCAGUGAUGGGGAGAUCACACUGAAGAAUUUCCUCCACUACCGGAAGAAGGUACUGAUCAAGGACCACCCGAACGACAACGCGCAGCUCUUCACGAAGGAACACUUCGAGGGGGGCGUUGUGGGGAAGGCGCUAAAGGGUCCGAUCUGUACGUACGAGUUCAGCGGCGGUGUCGAGAUGUACCACAGUGAAAUUAUCGGGGUACAAGCGACGACGGUGGCGCACGAGAUGGGACACAACUUUGGGAUGGAGCACGACACGAAGGAUUGCAAGUGUGCGGAGGAUCGCUGCAUAAUGUCCGCUUCGAGUUCGUCGAUUGCACCACGUCACUGGAGCAGCUGCAGUAUAGAUCAGCUGAACUUGGCCUUCCACCACGGUAUGAAUUACUGUUUAAAGAAUAAACCGACACAGCUUUUCGACUCGCCGGUUUGCGGCAAUGGGUUUGUGGAGCCGGGGGAGCAGUGCGACUGCGGGCUGCCCGAUUUCUGCGACAAUUCGUGCUGCAAUCCGAAGACGUGCAUGCUGCACUCGAAUGCGUCGUGUGCGACGGGAGAGUGUUGCGAUCUGAAGACGUGCAAGCCCAAAAUUGGUGGCACCGUUUGUCGCGAGACCGAGGGCGAAUGUGACCUGCCGGAGUAUUGUUCCGGGGAGUCGGAAUACUGCCCGAAUGAUGUGUUCAAACGAGAUACGGAGGCUUGCGACGAUGGGAAGGCGUUCUGCUAUAAGGGUUCGUGUCGCUCGCAAAACGACCAAUGCCGGCUGCUGUGGGGGCCAACGGGAAAAUCGUCCGAGCAGUGUUACAAGAAGAAUGAAGAGGGCACCCGGCAUGGGAACUGUGGCUUCAAUCGGGUGAAGAAUGAGUACAUUAAGUGUGAUGAUGGGGAUGUGUAUUGUGGGAUGUUGCACUGCCGUCAUCUGAACGAGCGGUUGGAGUUCGGGAUGGAAUCGGUUGCCAUUCUAUCGCACAGCUUUAUGACCUACAACGGGAGUGUGAUUCCGUGCCGGUCUGCGAUCGUUGAUUUGGGUUUGCAGAAGGUGGAUCCCGGGUUGGCACCGGAUGGUGCCAAAUGUGGCGAGGGGAAGAUGUGUCUCAAUCAGGUUUGCAUGGCCGUGGACAGCCUUCGGGCUCAGGGCAGCGGCAUAGAGUGUCCGGAGAACUGCAACGGGAAUGGAAUUUGCAACAGCGAAGGGCACUGUCACUGCAACAAAGGAUUCGCACCUCCGCUGUGCAACAGUCCCGGGAACGGAGGCUCGGAGGACAGUGGGCCGGCUUCGGAUCCAAACGCUGGCAGCGGCUUCACUCGUUUCCUGUACAUCUUCUUCUGUGGCGUCGUACCAACGUGUGUUAUCUUCACCUUCAUCGUUUACUAUCUGCAGCAGGACCACGGACUGAAGAAACGCAAACCCCCGAGCGUGUCAACGAGUAACACGAAGACCGAUUCAUCGCGCAGCACCGGCUCGACACACACGAUGGUUCCAUCAUCGCCAAACUCUCCGGACGACAUGAACUCCGCCCUGCUGCGGCCCUCGAGCGAGGCGGACUUCAUCAGCAACAACAACAUGUUUGGUAAAUUCAAAGGCUUCACCCUUAAACCCCUACCCGAACCGGGCGCUAAUCUCAAAUCGCCCAACGUAGCCUUUGUCCAUCCGGUGUCCAAAUAUAGCGAAGACCCCAAUAGUACCGUUCCCAGUCGCCCGGCGCCCCCCGCACCAAAGCUUGCGCCACCCGUGCCUGCUCACACGGUCCAAAUCGGUAAUAGUACCUACAACAAACCCGCAGGUACCCACCAAAUCAACGGGUACAAACUGGCCAACCACGAGCACCAGCUGGAGGGUGCACCGGCGCUUCCCCCUUUGAAUCCUGGCUCGACUGCCCGUCCAAUCAUCUCCAGCCCCAUCCUGGAAUCUUCAACGUGCACCUCCCGGGAACUGGUCUCCCCGCUCAAGCAACCCAACUCCGGCCACACCAAGCUACCGAUCCGACCCGCUCCGGUUCUCCCACCCCAGGUCGCCACCAAUCCCUCCGGAUCACAGGAAAACAUCGUUCCCGAGAUCCUCAUCAACCCAACCAGCAAGGACAAGAAGCAGAAGGAGGGCAAACUGAACCGAAUUACCUCCUAUCUGAAGAAAGACGAGAAACCCUCGAAGCCGGAGGCUAAGAACAUCAAAAUCGUCGAUAAGCAGAAACUUAAAAAUAUUGAAAUUUCCGCCCCGAUGCCACUCGCCGCGGAUCUAGCGAAAAGCAUGCCGAAACUGAACGCCGCCGAACCGAUCAGCCCGAGUGCUGCGAGUGUCCAGCGGGCGAAGAGUAUGCGUGAUCCCGAGGGAAGCCUCAAGCGUUCCCCCGGAGAUGGGCAAGCCUCUGUCGAAUCUCCUCGAAAGCCCUCAACCCUGAAACGACCCCAAAGUAUGGUAGGGUCGCGUCCAACUAUACCCCCGCCACGACCACCGAUUCCACCAGCGCCAGCCAUCACUGGGAUGAAAAUCCCUGGCGUUCCGGGAUACCAGAAUCCACCUCCGCCCAAGACGGUGACCAUAGUGAUGCCCCGAAACGAUUACGACGACUGCCAGGAUGUGGAGGACUCCACGGCUAGGACCACGACCGGAAUAUCUGCUGUCCCUGGACACGAUAACAUCUACUCGGUUAUCGAUGAAUCGCCCUCACCUCCCAGUAUCCUGUCUCCGCAAACGACAGCCUCCUCCGGUAGUUCCGAAAGCAUGGGGCUACUAGGGGAGAUUGUGAAUGAAAUACAGAGCCGUGGCAGUGACUCGGUAUAUAUUGCGUCCACGCUGAAGCGAGGUGAGGCGGCGCGAAACGCCGCAGCGGCACCGCGUGCUGAAGAAGAGGAAGACGAGGAGGGAGAUGAUGACCCAACGUACGUAAACACGUCGGAAAUCACGGAUAAUGAUGCCACAGAACUUGGAGUGGAUACCGACGACGGAGAGGAAGAGCCGUACCCUCCGAAUCUGAAAUCCAGUGUUAGCACCACUUCCAGCGGAUACCUGCGACCGUCCGCGAUCAAUGCACCGAUCGCUCGGGUGGCACCCUCGAAGCCAGAAAGUGUUUCAACUAAUUUAAGUAGUUUUAAGAACAGCGGUAAUGUGCUGAGUUCACUUCCGUUCCAAGGCCCUGCUGAAUCGGGCGUCAAACCUCCGCCAACGAAAAAGUCAACCGGCGGACCGACUGCUGUCACCGCGUACAAGCCUUACCACAGCACGGCGGCCAACACACGGUCCGGUUCCGUAGUAACAGCGACCAAGUCCAAAAUCAGUCAGGACAAGCUGCUAGCCAACGGAGGUGCGGCGGCGGCAGAGAAACCCAGGUUCACACGCAAUCCAACUCCGCCAAAUCUGACCGCGAGUGGUCCGACAAAAAAACCUCUCAACAGUACCGUCCGGACGCGAAGUCCCUCGCCGAAAGGACGUGCCCAAAACGGUGGCCUGACAGCCAAAGCCACCAGUGUUCAAAAGCCCAAAACUCCCGCGAAACCGGAGAGUGUGGUGAAACCAAAGGUUGCCAACGCUAGCAGUAAAAUUCUCACGGCAGCUGCCCGACCAGCGCCCGGAAAGCUUUCCAACGUGGCAUCGCUGCAGCAGAAGUUCGAGGUGAAAAAAUAAUUAAUAAAAAAAGCGCAAAACGCUACUUAGUGGACUCCGUACUAAUAAAACCGCUGGUUUAGCUGUUCAUAUUAUGUUAAUAUGACGACGACAGUUGCUUGUUUUGAAAUUGCUACUUUUACUAAGGCUUCUUCGCUUGAGACGAGCCCAAAGCUUACCGUUGAAAAUGGGUUUACAAAAGAGUAGAUCAUUUCGUUGUUUACAUAUUGUCUGGCUCCCCCCUUCAGUGGGUAUAUGAGCCAAUUCAGAAUCUACACACAAGCUGAGAACAAUCAAAAUUCCCGAAACCUUACAUUAUGUACACAUUAUGUACACACACAGUGUAAGUAAAGUAAAUUGAUCCAUUGUUACAAUCCGAAUAGAACUAAGAUUAUAUGAAUCCUCAUGCGAAAUAAAACCACGAAACCGAGAUUUUACACGUUAUCCGUGAUGUAAUUUCGCGUGCGCGCUGGAAUAAUAGUUGGCUUGUUAGAUAAACUCAAUUUAUUUUCUGAUGUUCCAUGAGUGUCCCUCUUAAAAAUGUUGUCGUGGGCGACGGAAGGCGUACGAAGCGAGCGCCGCACGUGCGGAAGGAUGUUUUCAUAUUAAAUUUUUCCCAAAUCGACUUGUAAUCAGUGUAAAUAGGAACCAAAGACAGGAGAAUUUGAACGAUUUUUGUAAUGAUGAUUUGAUUGAGAGUCAACUGUGUAUAAAAUAAUUAUUGAAAUUUAUAUAAUACUAUUAUUAGGAUAAAUUAUAAUUGACGCAAAUUUUUGAGAAGAAAAAAAACAAGAAUACAGAUGAUCAGUGUAGUCCCCCAAAUCCUUGGCACGUAUAUUAGAGUUUUCUGUGAGACGUUCGCACGUUCGUUUUGAUAGCGACAAGAUGAUUGUUGUACCUAUAAAAAAUGGAGGAAUUACGUUUUCAAUGCUUUUCUAGAGGGAAAAUUCUUGUGGGGAAAUUAGAGGAAAAAACGAAUAAAAAUUUUUAAUACGA